AACUCACGACUGCCUGCUUGCAAGGCAGGCGCUUAUGCCGCUGAGCUAAAUCCCCAGCCCUAUUUAGGAAAGUUUUGAAUAUUAAGAAAUAUUGUACCAGGUGUUAUAGAAACUUCUCAGCUAGUUUAGCUGAGUAGACCGGAAAUUCUGGGCUCAAAUUUUUUUCGGAUACUUCGGCCACUGCAAAGUUGGGAAAUGCCUCAGAACGAGGCAAUGCUUCAAGAUACACUCACUUUGUUGGUCUAAAGAGACAUGCUUCCGUGGGUUAAGUCACCAUUUCAAGAGUCUAAUGGUGAAGACUUCCCCUAAGCAAACCUCGCCGCUCUCCCUACCGGUGAUUGCUUUCCGGAGUCAAGUACCUUGGUUGGUUCUUAUUUCGGAGGCUCCUAUUGGGUUCUAGAGGUCUCGUCCCCCCGCAACAUAUCGCAGGGGUUGGUUGCUUGCCUUCUUCCCUUGGUCGGUGAUUGGUUGUAUGAGCACGUUUGGCGAUUGGAUAUUUGGAGUCUAAGGCUGGGAGCGGGAAUUCUCUGUGUAGUCUGAGAGUUGCGAGGUGGAAAAGGCUGUAACAGGCAGCGCAUCCUCGCGGAGAAUGUGACAAGGCUAAGGUUUGAGCCCUUUCUUCUGCACCCGGACUCAGAAGUCAGUUAUUUGCUCUCAGAAGUUAGUUUCUUUUUUCCCUUUGAGUCGGAGCCCAGGCUUGUCGUUUCCCGUCAGCUCAGGAAUCUUAAGUAAGCAAGAAAGCAGGAUGUCAUCAGUGUGUUCUGAAUACACAAUCGGUGGGGUGAAGAUUAACUUUCCCUGUAAAGCUUAUCCAUCACAGCUUGCUAUGAUGAAUUGUAUUGUCAGAGGAUUGAACAGUAGGCAGCAUUGUCUGUUGGAGAGCCCUACUGGAAGUGGAAAAAGCUUAGCCUUACUUUGUUCUGCUUUAGCAUGGCAACAGUCUCUUAGUGGGAAGCCAGUAGAUGAAGGCUUAAAUAAAAAAGCUGAGGUACCACUGUCAUGCUGUUGUACGUGCCAUUCAAAGAGUUCUACACAUAGCGAUGUAAACCAAGAGACUUCGCAUCAUUUCAGCAGUCCUGGGACACCACUACCUGAAAGGAAUGGCCGUUCAUCAAUUUGCCAAAACUCUCCUGAAAAAAACACACUGGCUGCAAAGUUGUCUGCUAAGAUACAGGCAUCCAAAUACAGAGAUGAAAAUGAUGAUUUUCAAGCAGAGAAGAAAAGAAUUCGUCCCUUAGAAACUGCCCAGCAGAUUAGAAAGCGUCAUUGUUUUGAAAAGGAGGUGCAUCAUUCAGAUGCACAAGAUGCUUCAGGGAACAUUUUGAAACUCAACUCUCCAUUAGGAAAGAGAAACUCCUUUUCUUCACAAAAUCCCCCUGGCCACUGUUCUAAGUGCUGCUGUUCUGCUAAACAAGGAAACAAUCAAGAGUCUUCAAAUACAAUUAAGAAGGAUCAUGGGGGGAAAUUCAAGAGGCCCAAAAUAUAUUUUGGGACCCGUACACACAAGCAGAUUGCUCAGAUUACUAGAGAGCUCCGGAAGACAGCAUAUUCAGGGGUCCCCAUGACUAUUCUUUCCAGCAGGGAUCAUACUUGUGUCCAUCCUGAAGUAGUUGGUAACUUCAACAGAAAUGAAAAGUGCAUGGAAUUGCUGGAUGGAAAAAAUGGAAAAUCUUGCUACUUUUAUCAUGGUGUUAAUAAAAUUAGUGACCAACACACAUUCCAGGCCCUUCAAGGGAUGCACAAAGCCUGGGAUAUAGAAGAACUUGUCAGCCUGGGGAGGAAACUAAAGGCAUGUCCAUAUUAUACGGCUCGAGAACUGACAGAAGGUGCUGACAUAAUAUUUUGUCCCUACAACUAUCUUCUAGAUGCACAAAUAAGAGAAAGUAUGGAUAUAAAUCUGAAAGAACAGGUUGUCAUUUUAGAUGAAGCUCAUAACAUUGAAGACUGUGCUCGGGAGUCAGCAAGUUAUAGUGUGACCGAAGUUCAGCUUCGAUUUGCUAGAGACGAACUGGAUAGUAUGGUCAGCAAUAAUAUAAGGAAGAGAGACCAUGAACCCCUACGAGCUGUGUGCUGUAGCCUUAUUAAUUGGUUAGAAGCAAACACUGAACAUCUUGUAGAAAGGGAUUAUGAGUCAUCUUGUAAAAUAUGGACUGGAAAUGAAAUGCUCUUAAAUUUAUACAAAAUGGGCAUCACUGCUGCUACAUUUCCCAUUUUGCAGGGACAUUUUUCUUCAGUUCUUCAAAAAGAAGAAAAAGUCUCACCAAUUUAUGGUAAAGAGGAGACAGUAGAAGUGCCCAUUAUUAGUGCUUCAACUCAAAUAAUGCUCAAAGGACUUUUUAUGGUACUUGACUAUCUUUUUAGGCAAAAUAGCAGAUUUGCAGACGAUUAUAAAAUUGCUAUUCAACAGACUUAUUCAUGGACACAUCACACUGAUAUGUCAGAUAAAAGUGAGUUCUUUGUUCUACCAAAAAAUAAACGUUCACGACAGAAAAUUGCAGUUCAUGUGCUAAACUUUUGGUGCUUAAAUCCAGCUGUGGCAUUUUCAGAUAUUAAUGGCAGAGUUCGGACAAUUGUUUUGACAUCUGGUACAUUAUCACCAAUGAAUUCCUUUUCUUCAGAGCUUGGUGUUACAUUUACUAUUCAACUAGAAGCUAAUCAUGUCAUUAAUAAUUCACAGGUUUGGGUUGGUACCAUUGGUUCAGGCCCUAAGGGUCGGAAUCUGUGUGCUACCUUUCAGCAUAUUGAAACAUUUGAGUUCCAGGAUGAAGUGGGAGCACUUCUAUUAUCUGUGUGCCAGACUGUGGGCCAAGGAAUUUUGUGUUUUUUACCAUCUUACAAGUUACUAGAAAAAUUGAAAGAACGCUGGAUCUCCACUGGUUUAUGGCAUAAUCUGGAAUUGGUGAAGACAGUCAUUGUAGAACCACAAAGAGGAGAAAAAACUGAUUUUGAUGAAUUACUGCAGGUGUACUAUGAUGCAAUCAAAUACAGGGGAGAGAAAGAUGGAGCCCUUCUUGUAGCAGUUUGUCGUGGUAAAGUGAGUGAAGGUCUGGAUUUUUCAGAUGACAAUGCCCGUGCUGUCAUAACAAUAGGAAUUCCUUUUCCAAAUGUGAAAGAUCUACAGGUUGAACUAAAGCGAAAAUACAAUGACCAUCAUUCAAAAUUGAGAGGACUUUUACCUGGCCGCCAAUGGUAUGAAAUUCAAGCAUACAGGGCCUUAAACCAGGCCCUAGGUAGGUGUAUUCGACAUAAAAAUGACUGGGGAGCUCUUAUUCUAGUGGAUGAUCGCUUCAGAAAUAACCCAAGUCGCUAUAUAUCUGGACUUUCUAAAUGGGUGAGACAGCAGAUUCAGCACCAUUCAACCUUUGAAAGUGCCCUGGAGUCCUUGGCUGAAUUUUCCAAAAAGCACCAAAAAGUCAUUGGUGUAUCCAAAAAGGACAGAAAAUGUGCACAAGACGACGAGUCUACUGUUGAAAUGACCUGUUUGCAGGACAAUACCCCUUCUUGUUUGUUGGAAGCAGCAAGUCUUCUAUCUCCAGAAAAUCCUAGGGAAGAUGGAGCAAAAAUGUGUGUCCAGGAACUACAGUGCCCUACAGUGAUUACCAAAAAUCCAUCUCUACCUAAUGACAGCAACUCCAGAAAGGAAAAAAAUGAUCCAGGAUCAUUGGAAGAGUCUGUCCAGACAGUGAAAACAGAAAAAAAUGUGAUUUCCAGAUCCACAAGCCCAACAUUCAAAAAACAAACAAAAAGAAUUAGCUGUUCUGGCUUUAACUUGAGAGAACCAUGUUUUACUGAUAAAGCACAGACUACAGUACCUGAGCUCCGGUCUUCAGAGAACUAUACCUCUGGUACUUCCACUUUUGAAGCAGAAAAAUUAGAAAGUAAAACAGUUUUGCCACUCACUAUUAAGAAUGAGCCCUCAAAUCUAACAGUGAACACGUCAUUUGGGCCAUCCUCCCAGUCAGAAAGCACUGUGUCAUCAGUAAAGGUUGAUGCUACUCCUACUGAAAAAGAUGACUCACCACAACUGCUCUGCUGUACAGACGCUCCAAACCUGGAUAUUGCUUUGUCUCCUGGAAGCAAAGAAGUUAAAUGUUCCACUCCAAAUAGAGCUUUUGAAGCAGAGGAAGAAGAUGAUGAAUCUAUCUAUUUUACACCUGAACUUUAUGAUCCUGUAGACACAGAUGAAGAAAAAAUUGAACUAGUAGAAAUUGAUAGACUCAGUACUGAGUCAUUUACAUUUUAACAAGAGAGCUUUAUGAAAUUGGAACUAUGAAAGGAGUGGAUUCAGAGAAAUAAAAACCAAGGAUUUCACAAAUUCAAAGUUAAGUAGAAUCAUGCAUAUUGAAAAAAUAUUGAUAAUAGUAAUGUAAAUGUGUAAAUAAAUUGGAGUUGGGAAAAACCCAUGGAAUAGGAAGAACUGUAAGCAGUUGUCUCUCCUAAUGUUAGGUAAUAAUACUUACUGUCAAGCUGUAAAAAUCUGUUGUCAUACUUCUGUCAGAUUCUACUGUAAAUAAUUUAUACAUUGGAUGACUUUAAAAUUUGGGAUAUACUUUUUCAGUGUCUUCAGAUUUUAAAAUAUUUUAUAUUCAAGAAGUUUUACUCUUCUCAUGUUGUUUUGAUAAAGUGAUUCUUACACAGUAUUUUUCUCCAAGUGUUACUUAACUAAAUAUACUUUAAAAUUAGUCAGAAAGAGUUUCGUGGAGCACUUCUAAUUUCAUGUAACUUCAUAUUUUGUAGUUUGGUAGCCCUAUUCACCUAUUUGUUUUCAUCCCAAUACAUAAAGAUUAAUUGAGUUGAGUAUUCUCAACUUCUACCAUGUUUCACUGUAGAUUUUCUGUCCGAUCGGUCUAAGAAUGUUUCUUUGUGGGUUUUUUUUAGAAAAUUUUUUGUUUUUCAGUUUUUAGUGCUAAGGACUGAACCCAGGGCUUCCAGCUUGCUAGGCAAGCUUUCUACCACUGAGCUAAAUCCCCAGCCCCGGUCUAAGACUGUUUUUAAGAAAUCUAAAGUUUGUCUUAGAAAGUUUAAUCCCAUAUUAAACUGGCUUAAAGUUAGAAAACUUAAGGAAACUUUUUUUUUUUUUUUUUUUUUUGGCAAUACUAAGCCUUCACACUAAGCUACAUCUCUUGCUCUUUUCUAUUUCAAGAUAAGGUCUUGCUGAGUUGUCUAGGCUGGGCUCAGAUUUGAGUUCCUCCUGCCUCAGCUCCCCAAAGUACUGAAUUUCAGGCAUGAGCAACCACACCUGGCUUAUUUUUACUUUUCUUGAAAUUGCUUUGUUUUGGGGGGGGGGGUAGGGUAGGUUUUUUGUGGUUUUUUUUUUGUCUUUUUUGAGACUUGCUCUCAAAAAAGACAGUUCAGGCUGGCCUUGAGCUCACUUUGUAGUCCAGGCUGGUCUCGAACUCGCAACCUCAGCCUCCUGAGUGCUGGGAUUACAGUCGUGAGCCGCCACGCCUGGCAAUUGCUUUGGUUUUUUAUUUGAUAAAAUCCAGAGUGUCAUAAAACUAUGUAAAGUUAUAAAAGACCAAAUGAAAUAUACCAACUGUUCAGUUUUCAUUAUUAAGCUUCACAUUGUGAGAAAAAGUGAGAUAUGUUCCCUAUAGCUUUAAUUAUGUGUUUAUAAGAUAGAAAACUUCAUAUGUAAAUUUAAUAACCAAGCCUGUAUAUACAAUUUCAGGUGAAGUAUAUUCCUUUGGAGGACAAUAAUCCUUUCUGUGAAUUUUGUAUGUUUAUGUUUAAGAGAAUGAAACCAUACAUCUAAUCAACAAUAGUUAUAAAAGAUUUUUUCUAAGAAACAUGCUAUUCAGUGGGCAUUUAAACUUCUGGGUGGCUUGAAAUGAAAUUGUGUGUGUAUUGCUGGGAAUCAAACCCAUGACGUCAUGCAUGCUAAGCGGUUGCUGUCUCACUGAGCUGUGUGUUAUUCCCCAGCCAGAACUGAACUUCUAUGAGAUGGUCAAGUGAUAUGUAUGGUCUGUUAUUAUCAAGUCAAAACUCUAAGUAAUCGGAUUUCUUUUUUACAUUCAUUUGGAUAAAUGAAUUACUUUUUUUUUUUUUUUUUACUUUUUAUUAGUAUGUGUUUGUAGUACAUAAUUACAUUCACUGUAGGGGACUGGUACAUGUGCAUAACACAUUUCAAUUCCCUUCUCCCCUCCUCUUAUUUUUCCAGCAUCAGGUUCAUUUAUCUUAUAAGAUCUUAUAAGGUUAAUUUUAUAUACAGAUUGAAAGCCAGACUAAUGGGCCAAAGAACAUAUAAAACAUGUAAAAGAAUUGUAGUAAUUCAUGGAACACUUAUAGUACAUUGUUCACACUGGAUUAGCUUUCAUUCUCUUUUUUCCUGUUAUCUGUUUUAUUUUGUAUUCUUUUUUUUUUUUUGUCUUUUUCGUUUUUAUUGGUACCAGGGAUCGAACUCACGACCGCACACUUGCAAGGAAGGCGCUUAUGCCACUGAGCUAAAUCCCUAGCCCCUAUUUUGUAUUCUUGAUAUAUAUUAAAUUUUUCAUGUGAGGGAAAUCAUGCAAUAUUUAGGUUUGUGUGUCAGUACCUCACUUAACAUUAUGUAUAUGCAUUUGCUUUCAUUUUGAUGACGUUUAGCUUGUCUGCUUUUAUAGCAUUGGAUAUUACAAUACUAAACAUGCUUGAAAAAAAUUUCAAUUGACCAAGGCUUUAUUGUAGAUUGGAAUAUUUUAGGUCCCACCUAGUAUAUACAUUUUUUCAUUAGUUCCUUAGUAAUAAGUACCAAGCACUAGCUUAGAAAGUAAUUUAUGUAUUUUUUGGGCUUUUUUGAGAGAGUGAAAAAAUUUCUCUCCCCUCCUAUUUUGAUCUUAAAUGGCUAAUAGAGUGGGGCUAAAAUGUAGCUCAGCAAUAGAGCCCCUUCUUCACAUGGGCAAAGCUCUGGGUUCCAUCCCCAGCCCUAGUGGGGGAAAGAAAGGAAAGGAUAAUUGGGGAGUAGAAAGAAUACCAGGUGGGGGACAAGAGACUUGGCCCAGCCUCUGCUUUGCUAAGUCAUACUAAUAAUACUAUGACUUCCAUCGAAUUAGUUUCAUUUGUGAGACCAAGAAUUUAGUACUUAUACUACUAACAGCUUUCAAAAUUAAUAAUUUAAAGAAAUAUGUUUUACUCUGAGUCAGCUUCUGUUUGCUUUUGUUAGAAAAUGCUUAAAGUAAAGCAUUUAUAGAAAAGAUAAACUGACUUAGCCACAUUUAAGGAACAUAUGAAUGUGUGCAUCACAGCUGAAAAGGUAGCUAUUCUUUCCAACACUUACAAUUGAAACAUUUUGAAAACUUUUGAAAUUGCCCUUAGUAAAAUUGAUGAACUAUAGCAUCAAGCAUAUUACCUUAUACUCAUAUCUUAGUGUUACUAUCAAAAUUGAUCACAAAUACCAUCCUGUUUCCCUUGAUAGGAUUUUUUAGUUUUUCCAAAACCUGAUGCCCCUGAGGCAAAAACAUUCCAUUACUGAAAAUGUGCAUAGAAAAAUGCCACAUGAUUUUAGUAGUUCUAAAAGAUGUUUUGAAAAAUAUGCAAUGAUAUCACUAUUGAAAAUAGGUUUGUGGUCUCUUUUAGAGAGAAAGGUGAUAGUGCAAGAAGUUGCAAUAUAAAAACAAUUUACAAUACCUAGUACAUAUCAAGUCACCAGUUAUUAGUAGAUCAAACAUAUCUAGAAUGCAUUUUUACUUUAUACAAAGCUUCCCUAAUAAAUGGGUGUAGUGACAAAGAACUGUGAUAUAGAGUGAAGAAAACAUUAUUUGGCUGACUUAUUUUUAAACUUUUGGAGAUGUUAGGAGUUGUUUAUCAGAUAAUUAAUACAUUCAUUGCAUAUGAAAUUAUUAAUGUAAUACUGCAUACAGCCAUGGGCGGUAGAAACCACUAAUUGGGAAAAGGGCUUUAUUUGUGGAGGAAGGGAAUAAUAAAAGUAAAUGUUUCAUGACUUGAUAUUUAACUUUGGAUGAAUCAUUAAACUUUCUAGAAUUGUGAGUGAAAUUAAUGAGAACGCUUACUAUGCUCCUAUCGUGUAUUUUAUUAUCAGCUGAUUUUAAGUUUGGCACUAUCUACAUUCAUACAGGACUUUGUUUUUAUUAUUUUUAUGAACUUAAUUUUAAGAAGUAUUCUUAUAUUGUUUUUCUACAACAGGAUCUGUCAUGUUUUCAUAAAUAAAGCACGUGCAAAAUAGUUAAUUCUCUAAAACUGCUUGUAAGACUUUGUGAAGUCAAAGUGCUUAUAAAAUCACUUUAAAGACAGCUUAGUGAAGUCAUCUGUAAAUGAUGGCAGUCUUUUUUAAAACAUUUUGAUUAUCACACUUAUUUGUGCUCUUUUUAAUCUCAGAUUUUUCAAUAAUUUACACCAGAAUUUAAUUUUUAUAAAUUCUUGGUAGUUUCUUGUUUCUUUUCAUAGGUAGAUGGCCUCAUUUUUUGUGAAGGUAGUGCUAGUAAAAUUUUUCAUAACUUAAAAAGACCCAAAGUCACAUCAGAUAAUAUUUAGUGAAGCUAAAAUCUUAACAUGGAAUAUCUGUACAGCUAUGAGUCAUAAAAUAAAGAAUAGCACUUCAGGAAAUGGAAAUUUAGAAAACUGACCAAGGCUUAUGAUCCCCUGGUCCUAAACGACUUUCAUGUCUCAAAACGGGGAGAAAAAAAAGAUUUCUGUUGCGCAAGGUUUCAUUUGAUGGAACCAUUAGCUGCCCAGUUUCCUGGACUCCACAAUGGAGCCUUGUUAUAAUAUCCAUGGGAUCCGAGCCAGUGGAUCACCUUAUUGGUAAGACCACCUUAUAAUGAGGUGCUUUCAGUAACUAAAUCUCUUUGGAUGUGGUCCAAAAUAACCCAUCUUCCAUCAAAUUCCACUCUGUAAUAAACAAGCUUCAACAUACUGGAAAGAAAACAAAAGAUGUAUGAAACUUACUGUUCCCAGAAAUUUGCCUUUGAAAAUCUAAUGCUGAGUACUGAUUAAGAUGAACAUUUGUUAACAGUUUAUAACUAGGAAUCUAUUUUAGUGCUUUUUAUAAUAAAUUUAGAUUUUUGGCUUGGCCUUCCUUUUCAAAGAAAUUUAUAUCAUUUUGAUUCUCUUUUUGUCCCCCAAAAUUAAUCACAUCACAUUAAAAUAUUUUACACCAGUUUUUACAGAACUAAGGGCUGUGGGUGUACGUCAGUAUUAAAGGUAUAAGGCUAGUAUGUGUGAACAUAUGUUUGAGCUUGAUACUCGAAGUUUUUAACUUGGCAUGUUGCUAUUAUAAAACACAAGUGUACAAGUGGCUUCUAUGUAAAAUAUUAGGUAAUAUCAUUUUAAAUAGAUGAUUUAUAUUAUCUUAAAGGUUGAAAGGUUUUAUUUUUAAUUUUUUAUUAGUACAGUUUGAUACAUAAUCAGCACAUUCAUCAAGAAAAGUUGGUACAUGUUAUGGAUUAGAGUUCUAAAGGUAUUAUUUGGGUGUAUAUUUUAAUUUGUUUAUUUAGUAUAUUUUCCUACUUUUCCAAACAUAGUGUUCAUAUUUAAAUGCUGACUAUCUUUUCAAAUGUUAGUCUUUUAUUCAUUCUAAGAGGAUCCAACCAACCUGCCUUGACAAUCAGAAUUUUGUUUUGCUUAUGAAGCUGAAUUAUUAACUAAAAGGGAAAGAAUAGGAACUAAAGGCUCACUUUGUACCAUCCUUAGUGUUAUUGUUGGAGAUUAGGCAUAACCUUAAACUAACGGAUACCCUGGAAUCUUUUACCUGGCCAAACAUAAAUUACAACAAAAUAAAUCAAAAUACUAAGAUGUCCAUAUUUCAUUCUUUAAAGUUGAUUUGGAGGUAUAGUUGGAUUUUGUUACCUGCUGACACCAUUUGGACAGGCUGUUUCACCUCUCUGAACUUAAAAUGGUGACAGGUAAUUUCCUAAGAAAUACAAGUGAGAGAGAGUAGAGCAGCAGUGGCAAAGCUUUUAGAGCUUUCAGUGAUAACAAACAGCCCACUGCAGGGGCAGGGAUUUAGCUCAGUGGCUCAAGCACUUGACUGGGAAGCACAAGAUUGUGAGUUUGAUUCCUGAUACCAAAAAUACACAAACCAAAAAACAAACAGCCCACCGUACCACCACUGCUGUAUGUUUGCCACCACUGCAGUAGAGUAUAGAGAAGCUCUUGGAUCCAGUAAAGGGAAAACAGAAUUUGGGAUCAAGAAUUUAUUAGCUUUGAGUUUUUCUCUGUGCUUACUGAUUGACUUUGGCCACGUUACCUUACCUUGUUAGGCCUGUGCUUUAUUUUGGCAAAGAUAAAAAAUAAAUAAAUAAAUGAUAAAAGUGAAUUGCUGAGUUGUGCAGGCUGGCCGUGAACUUGCUGUUCUCCUGACUGCACCUCCCAAGAAUUGGGUUACAGGCGUCACCACCCACCCUUGGAUACACCUUACACUUACAGUGUAGUUUAGUUCCUCUUGACUUGCUCAAGGCAUUCUUAGGGAAGAGUUCAACCGCAAGUAACUCAAAGUGAAUGAAUUAAAAUACUGAAUUAAAAGAUCAUCACCUUCUGAGUGACUACAGGUAACUAAAGGAGACUACAUGUAACCACAGAGCUUAUUAUGAGAAGUAGUUAAUGUCGGUGAUGAUAGAUGUUAUUCAUAAUAUGUUUACUUGCUUUAUUGUUACCAGGAUAUGUAGGAAUCCUCAUGGAGUUGUCUUCUGUUUGACAAACACAACUAAUCCAUGAACACAACUUUAGCAAAUUACUGCCAGGCACUGUGGCCCCAGGUACUCAGGAGACUGAGAUGGGAGGAUUGCUUGAGCCCAGGACUUCAAGGCCUGCCCAGGCAACAUACCAAGAUUUUGUCUAACUGAAAAAAAUAAUAAAUUUAUAAAAGCUCAAAUUACCGUAAUCAAUCUUUUUUAAAGAAAAUUAUUAUAUGCCUGUAAUAUGGCUUUCCUACGUGAUUCUUAAAACUUAUUUUUUACAAAUAUUCUUAAAGCUUUUCUUAAAAUACUAGGCUAAUAAAAAUCCAAAGAAUCUUACUGAAUGUUAAACUAAGAUGCACAAAAUCUCUUUCCAUUGCUUACAUGAGUCAGAGUAUGGAUCAAAAUAAAGUAUAUCUCGUCAUUAGUGAAACUACUGUCCUUCACUGUGUAAUAGAGCAUCGCACUUCAGAGAAGAAUGAAGGUAAACUUAAUGACCUCUGAAGUGAGAAAAUCAACAUUUACAUUGUUUUUAAAGAUAUGUUUCAUUGCCUUAAGAACUGCAAAGAAAAUGAAAACCCAGAAUCUCAAACUUAAUUUGCACAAAACAAGGAAAAGGUAAGUACAAAAUGUCACAUUGGGAUAGAUGAGGCAUUGAUCCGUUUCUGAUAAUGACUCCAAAGAAAGCAUUCCAAUACCGUACAACUCCAAUACAUGCUUUGAAUGUAGGGUGAUCAGUAAUGUGCAGAACAAUAUAUAGGAUGAAAAGAACUGGCUGCCGCUGCAGGUUCUUCCAUACCAACAAAUAUUGCAGCAACCCAAGUCUUUUUUUCCCUUUGCAUAAAUUUCUCUGCUUGCCUAUCAUCCUUUUGCAAUUGCCCAACUAUUUUCAAAACUGCUCGUUACGUUUUGUUUUCACUCUGUUGAAACCUAUUUCUAAAGUUGGAUAGAAAGAACUAAGCCACACAUUGUGUUUUAUCCUAGGCCUUGUACUCACCUAAAAAUAAUCCUGGACUCUACUCAUGUCUAGAAGCAACAUGGACAAGGAGAAGCAUAUUACUUAGAUUCUAAAGUACAGUAUCUACUACUCCCAUUUUCUUUUAGUUUUUCUUUGUUGGGUUUUGUUUUCUUUAAAGUUAAAAAAAUUUUUUUUAAAGAAUAAACAAAACGGGGUUGGGGAUUUAGCUCAGCGGCAUAAGCGCCUGCCUUGAAAGCAGGCAGUCGUGAGUUCGAUCGCUGGUACCGAUGAAAACGAAAAAGACAAAAAAAAAAAAAAAAAAAAAGAAUAAACAAAACAGAAAAUAGGUAGAAAUAAUACAUAUGUUCAGAGAAAAAAAUAAACAGUAAGAAAUCACUAGUUGAUGUUUACAUAUUGUCAUUUACAAAAAGUUGUUCAAGAUACAAAAAUGGAACAUGUAAAGUGGGAAUUCAAACAGUGAGACUGCAGACAGUUCUGUUCAACUAUCCAACAAAAACUUAGUAACAUGGUUGUCAAUCCUAUACACUUAAACAUACAUGCAGUUAUCCAUCUCUUCAUUUAUGUUUAGAUUAAACAAACUAAAGCAGGUUAAAAUCAUUCUGAACAAAGAAUAGUAUUGCUGGAUUUCACAUCAUGAUACUGUGUGAUCAGCACUGGGUACAGUAGUGUUUUUUUUUUUAAUUCAAUUUAAAAAAUUUAAAGAAAGCGGGUAGAAAUACAUAAUUUCAAAGAAAAAAAUAAACAGCAAGAAAUUACUAGUUGAUGAUUACAGAUUGUCUUCUUACAAAUAGUUAUUCAAGAUACUAAUGUGCAGCAUAUAAAGUGGGGAUUCAAACAGUGAGAUUGCAACCAGUUCUGUUCAACUAUCCAACAAAAACUUAGAAAUAUGGUUAUCAAUCCUAUACACUUAAACAUACAUGCAGUUAUCCAUAUCUUGAAUUAUGUUGAGAUUGAAUAAACCCAAGCAGGCUAAUAUCACUGUGAACAAAGAAUAAUACUAUUGCUGGGUUUCACGUUAUGACACUCCAGGAUCAGCACUGGGUAUUUUAGUGUCUUUUUUUUUUUUGUCAAAGUAUUUGUUCAUUUCAUCAUGUGUCAUAAGAUCAGUUCUCAUAAACUGUUUAUGGAUUCUACACAUGCAUGAGUCUUAACGUGUAUUUCUAUUCUUUCCAUAUUAGAGGGAGAAACAAAACCAAGCAAGAUGAAACAAAACAUAUUCCUAUAAACACAUGAAAUGAAAAAAACAUAUAAGACCGUUGUGCAAGGAGUUCUACCAUGGUUCCUGUGUUGUCUCUUAUUAUCUCCAAUAGAAUUGGCUAUAUUAUCAGACAUAGUAUAAUUGAAUAUAUCAAUACGUAACUGCAUUAACAAAAUCACAGCUUUGUAUAUAAUAUAGAACUUCAAAAACUGGCAGUUAUCAAAUCAGAAUGUGUAUCGUGGACUCUUGUCAUCUUCAGUGUAGUUGCCUAUACUCUCAGACUUGAUACUAUCAAUCAUAUCAGUUUUGAAUAAAAUUUUCUCUGCCUCU